AUGAAAGGUCUACAGGAAGCUAAUGAUGUAACAAAGAUAAAUAAUGUAUUUCCUGAUGAGGAGAUCGUGGCAACUGCUGUGGAAAUAUUUCCCUGGUACACGGAUUAUGCAAACUAUGUUGUGAGUGAGAUCCACCCAAAAAAUCUUUCGUUCCACCAAAGGAAGAAGUUCUUGCAUGAUUUAACACACUACUUCUGGGAUGAUCCUUAUCAUUUAAGGCAAUAUGCAGAAAAUAUCAUACGGAGAUGCAUGCCUGAAGUAGAUGUACUAUGCAUACUGGAAGCAUGUCAUGCUUCCCCAGUCAAAGCUGUUGCUUUGGAUGACAAUGAGGGAAAGAGAGUCGUUGCUUUUCUCAAAAAGAACUUCUUCUCUCUCUUUGGAGUACCACACACUAUUAUAAGCGAUGGAGGAUAUCACUUUUGCAACAAAUUAUUUCAAGAAGAUCUGGCAAAAUAUAGUGUGAAACAACACAGAGUGGCUAUUCCAUACCACCCACAAAUCAGUGGGAAAGUGGAGGUGUCAAAUCGUGAAGUUAACGCCAUCCUAUCCAAGAUGCUGGUCUAUGGAAAAGCGUUCCAUUGGCCAAUAGAGCUAGAGAACAACGCUUUAUGGGCGCUCAAGAGGUUGAAUUUAAAUUGGAAGGAAGCAGCAGAGAUGAGACUAGGGCAACUAAAUAAGAUGGAUGAAUUCCGUCUCAGGGCAUAUAAACGAGCAGAUUUGUAUAAAGAAAAGAUGAAAAAGUACCAUAACUGGAAAAUAGAGAAACAAGAGUUCAAAAAAGGGGACUUGGUGCUUCUGUUUAAUUUCAGACUCAAAUUGAUCCCAGGGAAGUUGAAAUCUAAGUAG